AUGAUCCCGGCCGUUGCUGAUCCGGCGACGUUGGACGGGGGGGCGCGCACGCCGUUGCUCCCGGAGACCGACCCUCGGAGGCGUGCUGCCCACGCCGGGGGAGGGCAGAAGCGUCCGCCGCCGCCGGCGACGACGACCGUUCUCCCCGCCGUCGUCUCCGCCGUGCUCCUGCUCGUCCUCGUGGCGGUCACCGUCCUCGCGUCGCAGCACGUCGACGACGGGCAGGGUGGGGGCGUCGCCGUCGUUCCCGCGGGCGGCGGCGGCCAUGCCGUCGUGGAGGUGGCCGCCUCCCGUGGCGUGGCCGAUGGAGUGUCGGAGAAGUCCACGGCCCCGCUCCUCGGCGCCGCCGGCGGCGCGGUCGAGGAGUUCUCCUGGACCAACGUGAUGCUGGCGUGGCAGCGCACGGCGUUCCAUUUCCAGCCCCCCAAGAACUGGAUGAACGAUCCGAACGGUCCGCUGUAUCACAAGGGCUGGUACCACCUCUUCUACCAGUGGAACCCGGACUCCGCGGUGUGGGGCAACAUCACCUGGGGCCACGCCGUGUCGCGCGACCUCCUCCACUGGCUGCACCUACCGCUGGCCAUGGUGCCGGAUCACCCGUACGAUGCCAACGGCGUGUGGUCCGGGUCCGCCACGCGCCUCCCGGACGGCCGGAUCGUCAUGCUCUACACGGGCUCCACGGCGGAGUCGGUGCAGGUGCAGAAUCUCGCGGAGCCCGCCGACCCGUCCGACCCGCUGCUGCGGGAGUGGGUCAAGUCGGACGCCAACCCGGUGCUGGUGCCGCCGCCGGGCAUCGGGGCGACGGACUUCCGCGACCCGACGACGGCGUGGCGGGCGCCCAACGACACGACGGCGUGGCGGGUCGCCAUCGGGUCCAAGGACCGCGACCACGCGGGCCUGGCGCUGGUGUACCGGACGGAGGACUUCGUGCGGUACGACCCGGCGCCCGCGCUGAUGCACGUCGUCCCGGGCACCGGCAUGUGGGAGUGCGUCGACUUCUACCCGGUGGCCGCGGGCGGCAGCGCCGCGGCGGCCGACGGGGACGGGCUGGAGACGUCCGCGGCGCCCGGGCCCGGGGUGAAGCACGUGGUCAAGGCCAGCCUCGACGACGACAAGCACGACUACUACGCCAUCGGCACCUACGACCCGGCGACGGACACGUGGACCCCCGACGACGCGGAGAACGACGUCGGGAUCGGCCUGCGGUACGACUACGGCAAGUACUACGCGUCCAAGACCUUCUACGACCCCGUGCUUCGCCGGCGGGUGCUCUGGGGGUGGGUCGGCGAGACCGACAGCGAGCGCGCGGACAUCCUCAAGGGCUGGGCAUCCGUGCAGUCAAUCCCCAGGACGGUCCUCCUGGACACGAAGACGGGCAGCAACCUGCUCCAGUGGCCGGUGGUGGAGGUGGAGAACCUCCGGAUGAGCGGCAAGAGCUUCGGCGGCAUUGCGCUGGACCGCGGAUCGGUCGUGCCCCUCGACGUCGGCAAGGCGACACAGUUGGACAUCGAGGCCGUGUUCGAGGUGGACGCGUCGGCCGUGGAGGGCGUGACGGAGGCCGACGUGACGUUCAACUGCAGCACCAGCGCCGGCGCGGCGGGCCGGGGCCUGCUCGGCCCGUUCGGCCUUCUCGUGCUGGCGGACGAGGACUUGUCCGAGCAGACCGCCGUGUACUUCUACCUGGUCAAGGGCACGGACGGCAGCCUCCAAACUUUCUUCUGCCAAGACGAGCUCAGGGCAUCCAAGGCGAACGAUCUGGUUAAGAGAGUAUACGGAAGCUUGGUCCCUGUGCUCGAUGGGGAGAAUCUUUCAGUCAGAAUACUGGUUGACCACUCCAUCGUGGAGAGCUUUGCUCAAGGCGGAAGGACGUGCAUCACGUCGCGCGUGUACCCUACACGAGCCAUCAACGACUCCGCCCGCGUGUUCCUCUUCAACAAUGCCACAAAUGUGCACGUCAAAGCAAAAUCCGUCAAGAUCUGGCAGCUGAACUCCGUUUACAUCCGGCCGUAUCCAGCGAGUUCUCUAUGA